GGCGGCCCGGCUGCCCUCAACGGCGGCGCCUGACGAAGGUGGUGCGGUCGCUGGGUGCGGCGUUCAGGGGUCGCGCGGCGUGCGGCGACAACCACGAUUAGGACGACGAUCGGGAGGCCGGGCACUUCCAGCCGCGGAGUCGCCGCUCCCGCCCCUUCUCCGGCCUCUGGCGGCGCCCGGCCCACGGCUUCCUCCUUUCCAGCCCAGCUUCGCGCGGGCCUCGGGGCCGCGGCGGCGAGAAGUACCUAAGGGCGCCGAGAGGCCCCGGCCGGCCGCGACGUUCCACGCGCCCGCCAUCCCGCCCGGCGCGGGCUCCAUGUGAAGGAGAGACUCGGCCCGCACCACACUCCUCGCGCGCCCCUCCGGCCCCCGGGGGCCCGCGGCCUCCCCCGACCGGAGGGGGGGGCGCGGUGACAGGCCGCGCGGGGGCGGAGGGGCGGGCUCGGAGGCAGCGGCGGCCCCUCCUCGGGCCUGCGGCUCCCUACGUCCCCGUGGAGAGGCCGGCAGUAAAGAAUGCUGAUGGAAGAACCAUUUUCCUAAUUUUCAAAUUGUUGAGCUUGUUGCCAUGAUGGAUGAUCAGCAAGCUUUGAACUCAAUCAUGCAAGAUUUGGCUGUUCUUCAUAAAGCCAGUAGACCGGCAUUAUCUUUACAGGAAACCAGAAAAACAAAAUCGUCAUCACCAAAAAAGCAGAAUGAUGUGCGAGUCAAAUUUGAACACAGAGGGGAGAAAAGAAUCCUUCAGUUCCCCAGACCAGUUAAACUGGAAGAUCUGAGAUCUAAGGCUAAAACUGCCUUUGGACAGUCUAUGGAUCUCCAUUAUACCAAUAAUGAGUUGGUAAUUCCAUUAACUACCCAAGAUGACUUGGACAAAGCUGUGGAGCUGCUGGAUCGUAGUAUUCAUAUGAAGAGCCUCAAGAUAUUACUUGUAAUAAACGGAAGUACACAGGCUGCUAAUUUAGAACCAUUGCCAUCACUAGAAGAUUUGGAUAACACAGUAUUUGGAGCAGAGAGGAAAAAACGGCUUUCUAUAAUAGGUCCCACUAGUAGAGAUAGAAGCUCCCCUCCCCCAGGAUACAUUCCAGAUGAAUUACACCAGGUUGCCCGGAAUGGGUCAUUCACCAGUAUCAACAGUGAAGGAGAAUUCAUUCCAGAGAGCAUGGACCAAAUGCUGGACCCAUUGUCUUUAAGCAGCCCUGAAAAUUCUGGCUCUGGAAGUUGUCCAUCACUUGAUAGUCCUCUGGAUGGAGAGAGCUAUCCAAAAUCACGAAUGCCUAGGGCACAAAGCUACCCAGAUAAUCAUCAGGAAUUUUCAGACUAUGACAACCCUAUCUUUGAGAAAUUUGGAAAAGGAGGCACAUACCCAAGAAGGUAUCAUGUUUCAUAUCACCAUCAAGACUAUAAUGAUGGUCGUAAAACUUUUCCAAGAGCUAGAAGGACCCAGGGGACCAGCUUCCGGUCUCCUGUGAGUUUCAGUCCUACUGAUCACUCUUUAAGCACUAGUAGUGGAAGCAGUAUCUUUACCCCAGAAUAUGAUGAUAGUCGAGUAAGAAGAAGAGGAAGUGACAUAGACAAUCCUACUUUGACUGUAAUGGACAUCAGCCCACCCAGCCGUUCACCUCGUGCUCCAACCAACUGGAGAUUGGGCAAACUUCUUGGCCAGGGAGCAUUUGGCAGGGUCUACCUCUGUUAUGAUGUCGAUACAGGAAGAGAAUUGGCUGUUAAGCAAGUUCAGUUUGACCCUGAUAGCCCUGAGACCAGCAAGGAAGUAAAUGCACUUGAGUGUGAAAUUCAGUUGUUGAAAAACUUGCUGCAUGAGCGAAUUGUUCAGUAUUAUGGCUGUUUGAGGGAUCCCCAGGAAAAAACCCUUUCCAUAUUUAUGGAGUAUAUGCCAGGGGGUUCAAUUAAGGACCAACUAAAAGCAUAUGGAGCUCUUACUGAGAAUGUGACUAGGAAAUACACCCGUCAGAUUCUGGAGGGCGUACACUAUUUGCACAGUAAUAUGAUUGUUCAUAGAGAUAUCAAAGGUGCAAAUAUUCUGCGAGAUUCAACAGGCAACGUCAAACUGGGAGAUUUUGGGGCCAGCAAACGCCUUCAAACCAUUUGUCUUUCGGGGACAGGGAUGAAGUCUGUCACAGGCACACCAUACUGGAUGAGCCCUGAAGUAAUUAGUGGAGAAGGCUAUGGCAGAAAAGCAGACAUCUGGAGUGUGGGCUGUACUGUGGUGGAAAUGCUAACUGAAAAGCCUCCUUGGGCAGAAUUUGAAGCUAUGGCUGCCAUCUUUAAAAUUGCCACUCAGCCAACAAACCCAAAGCUGCCACCUCAUGUCUCAGACUAUACUCGAGAUUUCCUCAAACGGAUCUUUAUAGAGGCCAAACUGAGACCUUCAGCUGAUGAACUAUUAAGGCACAUGUUUGUGCAUUAUCACUAGCAGCCGGUACCUCUACUGUGCCUCUACCCAGCUCCCAUCAAUUCAUUCACCUUCUCUCUGACUGCACUUUUCUUUUUUAUAAAAAAGAGAGAUGGGGAGAAAAAGACAAGAGGGAAAGUAUUUCUCUUGAUUCUUGGUUAAGUUUGUUUAAUAAUAGUAACCUAAAUUUUUUAUAUUUAAUCUUUUUUUUCCCUUUCAAGAACUUGAAACUCCUUUUUGUUUUUUUUUUUUAAUUUUUUAUAAUGUACUGAUGUGGUUCAGAGAGAUAAAAGCACUUUAGUACAUAGUCACUCUUUUUAGUACAAACAAAUCAUUUAAAAUACCUAAAGAUUGUAGAGUCUUUCCCUGCGUCACUGACCGAUUGAUUCGUGGUGAUGGGGAGACAUGAAAAACAAGGAGAAGAAAAUGAUGUAUGAUUUGUAGUUUUUAGUGAUAGUAUUUAAAAUAGAUCCUCAUUUGUGGGGUUGAGCCCUAAACUUGAGUUUAGGGUAGGUACUCAACUUAAAGAAUAUAGGUUCCUUCUUAUAUCUGUAUUCUUUAGAUCCUAACCUCUGUCUACCAAGCUUUUUGCUCAGUAGGAAUCUCGAUAGAAAAUAUGAAUCUCUAAGAGGUAUGUUUAUUUGUUAAUUCUAACCAGUAUAAUAAGCAAAUACACUAUAAUAGAUCCAUGUUACUGGAAUCUGUAAACCUUGAGGGAUAGCUUUCUGCUUAAAAAAAAAACAAAAAAACAAAAAAAAAACGGUACUAUUUUAGUUUAAAGCAGAUAUGGGAAGUCAGUGAGCAAAUCCAAAUUAAAUGGCAAAAAAAGAUUGCUCUAUAUCAGCAUGCGAGCAGAUGAAACCACAUUUGCCAGUCAAAAGAAAUAAGGAAAAGAAGAACUAAAUAUUGUUUAGUAUAUUUGCAACUGUGUUCUUUAUCAGAGGUAGACAGUCCCAAAAUUAAGGGAAAAAAGAAAUAAUCAAAAUCAUGUAUACUGUAUUUCCCUAUUUCUAGCUCCUGAUUCCCCAUGGAUAACAUUCUUUGGGAACUAAGAAUUUAACUUGGAGUAUCAUGUGUUACAGCUAGUGUCAUGAGAUAAAAUCCUUGUUCUUGGGAUCACAGAAUACUAAAGCACCAAAAAAUAGUUACCAUGUAAAAUAGUGGUUCUCACAUAUCAGAUGAGGUUACUUUUGCUUUGCAUUUGGCAGUGCCCAGAGAUGAUUUUUCCUGUCCCAACUAGAAGGAUGUUAGUGGCAUCUGGUGUCCCAAAGCCAGGGACGCUGCCAAACAAACUACACUGUACAAUACACUGUACAGCAACCCUGUUCCCCAAGUAAAGAACUAUCCUGCCCAAAAUGUUAAAACUGCUGAAGUUGAGAACCCUGAUGCAAAGACCAGCCCCAGUUAUAAACUGAAAACAGCCAUUUGCAGAGCAGGGUCCUUGCAAAAAGUAAAUUUCAGAAAGUGAUGCACAGUGCAUAAUGAGGGUUUUACAAGAGCAGAUACCACUACUUUAAGUCAAGGGUGAGCGAUCUCAACAAACAUCAGAUAGCAAUCCUUUCCUCACCAGCUGCAUAUUACACCAAAACCAGUACCUUCCAUUGUAGAAACAAAAUGAAUUUAAACACAGAACCUGUUAAACCCAGCCAUCUGUAUGUAUUCUUUCCUCAAAAGUCAGUUCAUAAUUGUGAGAAAAGCAAAGCAUAUCAGAAAAGAGUAUUAACUAUUUUAUGGGAAGGUUUAAGGUAUUUCUAGUACAGCGUAUCCCCUAAGAGCAAGGGCAUCCAGUGGAAAGAGGCAGCUGGGAAACUCCCAUUAGCUCUAAUGGACUUAUGCUACUGAAAAAUAUCAAUAACAUCAGUAGUUUGGCUCCUUGCGAUUUUUUCAGCAUAUUAAAGCAAGUGCUAAGUGCUUUAUUUUUAAAGGUUAGAAAAUAGUCUUUUUGGAGGCCCUAAAUGUGUUGCCUUUUAUAGGGUUCAUACGGAGCUCUGGUAUUUUAUUUUCUGCUUAAAGGUAUGCUCUUCUAGGGACUCUUUUAAAUUACUUUGUUUCUGAAGAUAGGUAGACCUUGGUUUCCUAUAUCAAGGUCCUAUCUGGCAUUUUCUGUAGGAAUAUUUGAAAUACCACUAGCUAGGCUGAGAAAAAAGUCAAAGCACAAAUAUGCUUGUCAAAGUUUCUCCCAUACGCUCAUAAUCAAAGGAAGCAGCUUACAAAGAAGAAUAUGAAUUAGUGGCCCUUCCCCUGGAAAAUCAACUGCCAAAUCUUGUGCUAUAAACAUAGUAACCAAGGAUGUGGAUCUAUUAUAAUUUCUUUAUCUUUUAUGAGUGAAGGCAUCUCUUCUGCUUGAGCAAGAUGGUAUCUGGACCAGUGGGCUUUUCCUUCAUUCCUUUGUCUUGUGUAGUCUUGAUUUCCUUUGGGCUCAUUUUUGGUCUGUCAGGGUAACCAGCAGUGUAGAAUAUGAAACAGAUGCUCUUUAGAGAGAAAUCUUGGGGGACUGUGAAACCCAAAGCAAAAUCAUUUGCUCUCUUCAGUCUCUUUUUUCUUCUCUAAGUGCCAUAGAAAAUAAAUUCACCUGAAAAGAAAUUACUGCUUUAACACUGCUGCAGAAGACCUUUGUUUUAUAAGGAAAAUGUGGGAAAGUAUCGUUCUUUAUGUAAAGACUUUAAAAUAGACUAAUAGUUUACAGAAUUGCUAUAUAAAAUGUGAUGUGAAUUUAUUUCAAACAAGUUGUAAAGGUACCAAAACCACAAUAAAAGUUAAUAUAUUAUACAAAAACUACUAGAACAAAAAAGCUUGAAGUGGGAUGAGGUGUGAAAGACCAAAAGUAAAUUAAAAAAAAAAAAAAUUGAAAAGAACCUCGCCCCCCCCCCCCAUUAGGGGCAGUUAAAUAUAACACUCCAAUUUUUUCUUUCUAAUAAUGGUAUGGAUCAACAAAUGAAAUUUGAACUUUUAAAGAUGACUCAAUGUAUUUUGUUUUUUAAAUGCACAACUGAUUCUUCUAUACUGUAAUAUUUCUUUGCUGAGGCUGGAAAAUGGCCAGACUGCUGACUUUGUGCCUUUAAAAUGUGUUCUGCUUUGAUAGUGCAGACUUUUUGGUGCUGGAGAAGAUUCACUAGCAGUCUUAUAUGUGCUUUUCAGGAAAUAUCUUUCUACGUAGGCCUUGAGAGAUUCAAAAUGGCAUGACUUAGGCUUGGACCAAAUACAAGAUCUUUUACAUUGCAAACAAACUGUACUGAAUAAAAGGGUUAAAAAACAUCACAAUGACUAAUGGAAAUUUUGAUGGUAAUUCUUUAAAAUGUAUUUAAAAGUAUACAGACUUUGAAAUUUUCAGUAUGAAUAUCUUGAAAAUUUUUCAAUUUUUCUCAUUUAUAAAACAUGUUUCUAACUUGAAAAUGCCUUAGAAAGUUCUCAAAGGCAGUCAACCUUACAUAAUUUCUAUGAGAUUGGAAUGUUAAUGCAUAGACAGAAAUAUAAAAGAAAAUGAAAACUUGAAUUGGCUUUCACAUGAGGGAGGCUUUAUUUUAUUACCAAUAGAAAGUACAUGAAGAAGGUGGAAUUAUUUCAUUAAUAGCUCUCUGCUGCUUUAGCUUUUAUAUAUGUCAGGUGUGGUCUGUAGUACUUCUGAGAUGGAAUUGUUAUAAGAUAUGUGAAGACACUAAGAAAAUCAAAUCUGAAUAGUUUAUAGGGAUGACCAAGCUUGGGUGCAAAAGCCAAGAUGUUUGUCAGAUGCAGAUUGACCCACAGAAGAGCUCUGUGCCAAUGGUUUCAUUUGGGGUCUAGAGACCAGUAGCUGGAUACACAGUCACCUGGUGUCAAUCAAAUAUAGGAAUCUAUCAAUUUCUUUUAAAGAGGGUGAGUCUUUUUCACUUGCUUAUUCAAUAAUUGUGGUUUAUUAUGUCAGGUACUAGAUUAACUUAUCCCUUAAGUAGGUUACAGUCUAGGAGGAAACAUGGGCAAAUGGAUUCUUAUUUUAUGGCAUACCCUAACUCUGAAAGUUUAGCACUGAUUUUUUUAAAUUCUUUUUUCUUUAAAUGUUUACUUAUUUAUUUUGAGAGAGAGGGAGUGGGAGAGGGGCAGAGAGAUGAGAGAGCAAGCUUCCCAAGCGGGCUCCGCACUGUCAGUGCGUAGCCCAUCGUGGGGCUGGAACUCACAAACUAUGAGAUCACGGCCUGAGUUGAAAUCGAAUCGGAAAUCAAGAGUUGGGCACUUUACCAGCUAACCCACCCAGGUGCCCCCAGCAGUGAUGUUUUAAAAUGCUGUUUUUUUUAUGAAAUGAGGGGAAAACAAUUUUGGGUAAUCUGGCUGUUACAAACUAAAAUGUCAUUAACAGAGAUUAAAAGUAUCCCCAAAUUGGAGGGACCCUCUGGGGUCAGGCGGCCUCUUUCUCAGAACUCCCUCUUAUAUAAAAUUUCAGUACCUACUCAAUUCCUGUGAUGAGGGGCAUAAAUUCCAUAGAUUUUUUCCCCUGCUUUUUCUUUCAAAGAGAAAGUAAAUUUUUUUUUUUAGUCUAAACUAUUAAAAUGCCCAAAACAUUUGAUAGAAAUUGAAUCCUGUCAACAGUGUUACAUAUGCCAGGAUCAGGACAGUGUCUUGAGACCUCAUUAUUUUAUAUUAAGUUUGGCCUUUUUACAGAUGUAAUGUUCAUAUUUAUUUGAAUUUUAAGAUUGAUUAACUGUUAAUGAAAAGCAAUUUAAUUGUUCAUUUUUGGUAGUGCCUUUUUCUCUGUAUGCCUUAAUUUUAUUUUAUAUCAAUAAUAAUUCAAGUUACCCACCGAAAUGAAGGUUUUUCCAAAAUCAGUAGGCUUCAAGAGUUCAUUUGGCCUUGGGACUGUAUAUUGACCCUUAAAUCUUUCUUAAUGCCUGCUUCCUCCUACCCUUUUCUACCUCUUUUUAUUUUACAUAUAUAUAUGUACAUAUUUUACAUCUAUAUAUGUUAGAAGAGAAACAUUAGCGUUAGUCUAUGAUAGACAAAGUGCAGUCUCCACUAGACCUGAAUGCCUACGAUAAGGAUAGAAAGAGGUAUUCUAAUUCUAAAGAGACAUAGCAAAUUUUUUUGCAGGUUGGUAACUUGACUGUCAGUCACAUUGGCACUGUCCAAAUUCUUUGUAUAUCAUGGUUCAGUGAUGAUUUUCAUAGCAGGGCUAGAAUGGUUAAUUUUGCCCUAAAGAGGUGAUUUAAAUGGUUUACAAAUGUUAAGGCAAUGAGACUUAGGGCAAUGCGCAGGGAAUCCAGGGAUAGCAGUUCUGAUCCUUACUUUUAAUUAACAUUUUGACUAAAAACUCUUAACUUUUCUGUGAAGAGAGAGACUGUGUGUGUGUGUGUGUGUGUGUGUGUAUGUCUGUGUGCACGUGGGAGUUGGGGCAGGGCUGGGAAGGAGGGAAAGGUAUGAAUGUUCAACUAGAUUAGUCUCCGUUCUUAGAAGAACAACUGAAAAGUGUAUGACCUACUGAUGUGGGUGAGUGUAAUUGUCUUCAGGUAGGAACGCCAGCAUAUUUUCCACAAGUAGCUAGUACAAGUGAUUGUUUAAUAAAGAUAUUUAUUGUAAAUUGCCAAGCUUUUGGUUGGUAAAAGUAGAUUAAAAUUGAAUUUGUGUGUGUGUAUAAUAGCUUAUAUAUAAUUCUGAAAUAGAAAAUAAUUGAUUUUGCAUAGUUCUUCAUGAGCUCUUUGGAAUAGAAAUUCUUCCAGACAUUAUGAAAACAAGCUUCCUUAGCUUACCAAGUAUUCAAAAGGAAAUUGUCUUAUACCUCUUUUUGGUUGGCUGAGAAGGCGUGCUGUGAAGCCACUGUUCCUACUUCAUAGUUGCUUUAGCUUUGCUUUGACUUCUGCCAUUGUCUGGAUGGUAGGCCAUAAUAGAGGUGGAAAGUAUCAGGGCCAACCAUCUCUCCAUACUCACCUGUCAGAGCUAUAGAUGGUGAUGAGCUCUCAGGGGAGUCUAGAGAAUCUUUUCUUGGUGAUAGAGCAGACAUGGUUCAGUCUCAGAAAGUUGAGGGAGGAGUCAUAGCUAGAGUAAAGAAAAGAAUACAUUUUUAUUUGUUGCCUGUAUACAGUCUCAUGUAAGUCUUCAUAUUUUUCAUAAUUAUGCAUUUUAAUUGAUAGUAGUAUGAUACUUUAGUUUAUAACGGCAAAGGCAUCUAGUCAGUGAGUACUGUUAUUCCCUAUGCCUGAUGACUCCUUGUUUGUAUUCACAAUCUGUAUUAUCAGAAUCACUUUAAACCAAAGCUUUUAUAUUCCCUGCACACAUAGCCAAAAUGAUGAUCACUGUUACUUCUGCCCACCUGUAAGCUAAUAGUAUAAUUGUGAUAAAGCAGGUACUUGUAGAAUUUGUAUCUCAAUCUAUCCUUCAAGUAAAAAGACAGGUGCUCAGUAUUUGCAUUUAGACAUACAGAACUUACUUCAACUAUUAUGGAACUAUAUAAACAUUACAAACUUGAGCUUGUACAUGUGCCAAUCUUAUUGUCAUUUGACCAUAGAUGCAUAUACGUAUACAUUGACAUGUGAUGCCUCAGGUUGGUGGCAUACUUUCUUCCUUGUGUCUUAACAUUUAUGAACUUGUGUUUGACUUGAGGGGCUUUUAAGAAAGCUGUGAAGAAAAGUAGGUUAUGGGCUGACGUCUGCUUUGUGCCAUAGACAUUUUGGAACAUAAGGAAGAGCCUGCUCUCCAGUAUACGUGCAGAAUUCGUCCCCAGAUAAGGAUUUCUUAGUCCCUUUAUGCCAGUCGAGAAUGGUAAAGUUUGUGACUAAACUGAAAAGCACUUUUGUGUUCCUUUAUAUUUUUUUAGAAUUAAAAAAAAAAAAGAAAAGAAAACAUGUAACUAGUGGUGAUUUUAGCAUAUGUAUUACUUGGAGGGGAGAGAGAAGUAACAGAGUCCCAUCUUAAGCUCUAUUAGAUACUUAGGCUCCAAAAUGGAUUUGACAUAUUCUAAUUUUUCCAAAGACUUUUCCACCUGGAAUAGGAAUAGAGAGCUAGUGGAAACAUUUGAGCUGGAAAGGCUUAUGGGCAAAGGAAAGUGGGCCAAACCCUUGCAAUAUACCCUGUUCAAGUGCAAGUACAGUGUCUACAGAUAAGAAUACUUCUUUAAAAACAAACAGCUGUUUGUAAUACAAUCUUAAUUAGUAAGUAAAAGGUUUACAUUUUUUCUAUUGCUAUUGGUUUUAAAAUUUGCUAGCCUGCAUUCUGAAAUAUUAUAAGAGUUAAUACCAAAAAUACUUUUAAUGUCUGACAUCUCUUACAUUUCACAUGGUUCUUUUUAUUCAAGGAUCAUUGUAAAUAAAAGUAAACUUGGAUAAAUUUGAGAAUAAACUUUUAAUUGUUGCAAACUAUGAUUAUCAAUUUGUAAAUUUACCCUUUGACCUAAUGUACAUUUUUUAACGUAGCCAUUAAAUUGUCUAUAUUUAAUCUAUUAGUUUCUCUCUGUAAACGUUUUUAAUCUCAGUUGAAUGCUGGGCAGUUUAUAAUUAUGUACAAAGGUGUUUUUUUCCUAUCAAAGUUGACUUUUGCACAUUUUUGGAAAUGUUUAAUUUGUACACUGAUUUACUACUCUGACCAAUAAUUGUUGAUGGGUGUAUGAGUAUCACGAAUGCGUGCAUUGAACUACUGUCUGUGUCUUUUAUGUUUUAACUUCUUUCAAGAUGUAGCCAUCAGUAACUGCACUGCUAUUACUGACUUAAAUGGACUUUCUUGCUUUUACAAAGUAUACUUAUCUAUGGUUCUAUCUUUGUUGGAGAACUCAGGAGUUCAACAUCGCUUUCUGAUUUUAUAUGUAUUCUAAAAUCAUGACUAAGUUGAAAGUAUGCUUGUAACUCUGUGUAUCAGGGGAUGUGUGUGUGGAGAUGUCUUUUUCUGUCUGUAGGCACAUGUAUAUAUCCCAGUAAUUUCUUAUUUUCAUUUUAUUUCUACAUUUUUAUGAACUUGUUUUAUAUGCGUACUGUUUAGUUAGAAUAAUUAAAUAUAUAUAAAAGCUUUCUGAGAGAUUAUUUACUAUAUGAAUAUAUUUUCAGCUGGCUGAUCAAAAAUAUUUUUUUAAUUUUGUUUUUAACCAUUUAAAAUGUAUUUGUAUUUCCAGAAUUGGAUGCAAAUUUACUUAGAUAUCAAUUAAAAUACUCUUGCAAGGAAGGGAAUUGAAUUCUCCUGUGAGAAUUCUGUGAAAUGCAAAUUAAGAGGAAAACUAGGUUUUAAAGCAGUAGCAAGAACACACUGUCCACAAAAUGGCCUUUGAAUCCUCAAAGCUAUGAAAAAAUGUGAGAAACUAAAUUGUCUUGAAGAGAUGUCAAGAUUUUUUAUAGCUGCAGUUGCUUUUGGCCUGUCCUGUUGUUUUUGGGUAUUUUCCUAUAUUCUACCCUAAAGAUUUAAACUUUUAGUUUUUCUCUUACUGGGCAAAAUCAGACCGCAUUUAUAAAACAGUACAUUGACAUAUUGUGAUCCUCUGUAAUUGACUAUAAAUUGGUUUAGAAAAGUUUGAACAUACAUUGUUGUGUCUUUAGUGUACUGUGUAUUUUAAGUAACUGGCAGAAAAAGAAUUGGAAAUUAAAUUUCCAAUCUGACAAUGUUAUUGUACUUAAGGAAAGCCUUGUUUUUAAUAUGCGGUACCACGUAAAAAUUAUUUGUAUUAGGAAUAAAGUCCACUGUUGAAGUUGAAUGUCACUAAACGUAUUAUGUUACAAGGAGCCGGUAUGAUUAGAAAAACCUACCAGAAGCCAGAUACAGUGUGGUAUGUGCCACAUUUCAUGCACAUUUUGACUUUGUGUUGUUCAUUCGAAAUUGUGCUUGUAAAAAUGUAUAAAAUUUCUGAGUUUUAAAAUUUUUAUGUACUUAUUUUUUCUUGCUGGUAAAUAGCUUUUUUUUUUUAAAUCUAAUGUGAAAGGAAACCAUGUUUAUAUUUUGUUAGUGAUCAAUGACUUUGUUUAUAUGGAAAUUUGUAUAUUGUUGGCUCACAUCUUUGUUUAGAUUUCUUGUGCAUGAAGGCCUGCAAUAAUUAGCACAAUGAAAAUUGCUUUUUCUUACAUGUUAGUUCAUUUUUUUGAAAGAUUGUGGUGCAAAGGCUUACUCUGAGUAACCUUCUGGACUUUGGAAUGAAUAUAAAUGAAUGGCACUUUGAGUGUUAAUAAAGCUGAUAUUUAUUUCCACUGUGA